AGGCAGCACGACACGUUGAACGUGUCAAGUGCAUCAGGGCAACAGCGCUCCCACCCCGCUUUGUCUUCACAUGCGCGGGCAAACAAGUGCGCCUUCGCCACAUCGAACCGCCAAACGAUAUGAGCAACAGGCUAUGCCUGACGUGCCAGCGCGUUCACAACAGAGAGCAACAGCAGGUCAACACCCACAGCACCAGCACCAGCACCAGCAGCAGCGGCAGCAAGGCAGCACCAGCAUGAGCGGACACACCCACGCGCAAUGGUCGCCACCGCGUACCCCACAACAGCAGCAAGCACAGCAAUACGGCAGCCAUGGCAGUGCAGAGGCAUCGCGCCGCCCACAUGCCCGAACGUCAUCCUCAUCGUCGGGCAAGUCGCCACGUGCCAGCAGGAAGAUGCGCAGCAGCCCCUUACGCGACCGCGUGCGAGGCCCGGGCCGGGCCAACACGGACGCCCUGCAGUGGGAGGAUGUGAUACACAGCCCAGCAAAGACACCUGUGGCUUCGUCCAAUCCCGGCUCAAAGCCAGGGUCCUCCCGGCCAACGCCUGUUGAGAAGCAGCCCGCCUUCCGCAACCACCAGCCAGCGUAUCCGGGCACGUCGCCAAAGACCUUCUAUGCCACCUCCGUGGCCCACCCGAGCCAGCAGGGCGCGGGCCUCGUGCCUGCGCCACGCAGCCCCUAUGCAGCCCACCAGCAACAACAACAUCAUCAUCAGCAACACCACCACCACCAGCACCGCCAGGCAGGUCGGCCUGCUCCUCCUCCAGCGUCUACUGCAGCAACAGCCCCACACCAUCACCACCACCACCCACCUGCGCACGCCUACCACCCGCUGUACCAGCCACCCAAGAUGCUGCAGUACAGCCGCGGGGCUGCCUCGUCGCCAUCGCCAUCGUCCCCGAUGCAGUCGACGGACGACUUGCGCCGGUUUGAGGCAGCGGAGAUCAAGUAUCUGCAGGACAAUCUGCUCGCCGCCCGCCGCGACCUCAUUGACGCACACAAGCAGCUUGACGUGACGAGCUACAAGCUCUCUGGUGCCCUCAUGUCCAUCAACUACUUCUGGGCGCCAGAACUGGACAAAGUUCGAAAGCGCCUUCAAAUUGAGAAGCAGCAGCGGGAGGCAGCAGAGGUGCUGCUGAAGGAACACGAGAUCAAGGCACAUCGCCAAAGCGCCCAGAUUAACAACCUCAAGGCGUCGUUGAAUGAGCUGUUGAGUGCAACUGCACAGCGGGACGAUUUGCACUCAGAACUGCAGCAGAUGCUCUCCUUCGCAAACACCGCAGACACACGCAUGGUGAGCGAUGUCGAUGAUGACGACAACGCGUGGAUCGAUCCAUCUCCACUGCUCGCAGAUUCAGACAUUCACCGCCGCCUCAGCCGCAGCCAGGCCCAGGUUGGCCAGUUGCAGCUGCGCAUUCGUGAGUUGGAGGAGAUGAACGCGCGUCUCAAGGCAUCAACAGCCGUCAGCGCCGAUGCUGAUGGCGAACAGGCGGCCGCAGACACACACGCACGCGAAGCAGGUGGUGAUGAUGACCACGAUGAUGGCGUGAAGAUCCCAUUCGUUCGCUCGUCAUCGUCAACAGCAGCGGCAGCAGCGGCAGCCACAAGUCGCCUGGAGGCCGAGCUGGAAGUGAAGAAGGAAGCCAUCGAGAAAUUGGAGGAGACCGUUCGCGAUCUUGAGCGGCGUUUAGAACGCGAGACGGAUGAAACGUCCGCUUUGCGCCAACACGCAGACAGCAUCACUGCAGAUCGCGACAGGCUGCUGCGGGAGCUUGAGCAGAUGGCCGACAGCCAGGCCGCCGCGUCCGAGGAGCACUCCACCCGCGAGAUCGUCCUCCAACACCAGGUUGAUGAGCUGAACCAGCAGCUGCGCACCGCGGAAACAAAGAUCGCCACACUGGAGCACGAGCGCGGUGUUGGCGCUGCCGAGGCGGAGCAGCUGCGAUCGGACAUGGCAGCGCAGACGAGGGAGGGCGACGAGGCCAUACAUACUCUCAAGGAGGCGUUGGCGAGCGCGCGCGUGGCGCUGUCGAGUGUUCGCGAGGAGAAGGACGAGCUGCUCGCACGCAUUGAUGACAUGCGGGAAGAAGCCGAUACAAGGCAACGUGACGCAACCGCAGGGGUUGAUGACAUCAGGCGCAAACUCGCAGCCGCUGAGGAGGAGCGAGACGAGCUGAGACGCACCGUCUCUUCCCUGCAGGCGCAGGCGGACGACAACGCCGACAUGCAGGCGACGCUGACGUCACUGGAGGAGGAGUUGAAGGAAGUGCGGUCCUCCCAUCGCGCGAAGGAGGAAGACCUUCAAGGCGAACUGGCGGACUUGAGCCGGGAGGCGCACGCCCAGCAAGAACAGAUCAGAUCGCUGGAACACGAACUCGCUGCAUUGCGAGCACAGAACCAACAGCUGUCCACAGAGAAGGAGUCUGAGAGCGAUCAGACGUCAGCGGAACUCGCUGCCGUCCGCGCACAAAACACCGAACUCACACGCGACGUGCAGCAACUGAAGCAGUCGCUCAGCACUGCCGAGCAGCGCGUUGCCGACCUCACGGCAGCAAAGUCCCGCUUGGCGCAGGAGCUGGAGGACGCCGUCGCAGAGAAGGACAAGAUUGCAAAGAAGCACGAGCGCGCACGCAAACGCCUGCAGGAGGUGGAGGCAGAGACCCAGGCCCAGCUGAGCAAGCGGGAGCACGACCACUCUGCGGCCAUGGCUGCCCUUCGUCUCGAGUUUGAGGCAGCAGAGGGCGCACGCACACGCGCAGAGACGAAAGCACGCACACAUGAGCGCAAAGCGCGAAAGGCGGCAGAGGACCUUGCCGACGCGAGGAAGGAACUUGAAGCGAAAGCAGCAGCCGUGGAGACGCUGACAGCGACGAACGCAGACAUCAAACGGGAGAUGAAGCAGCUGCGAAGGCAAUUUUCAUCGCAGCGGGAGGAGCUUGUGCGUGCGCAGAAGCAGCUGGCGGCGGCACAGGAGAAGGCGACGCAAGACCAGCAGCAGCACUCGGAAAAGGCCAAGCAACACGAGGCAAACAUGACGACGCAGCAGCAGCAGCUGUCAAACCUGCAGCGGAAGUACGCUGCGCUUGAGAAGGAAAAGGCUGAGGCCAGCAGCGCGGCUGCGUCUGCGCAUGCGCAGGUGCGGGAGAUGGGCCAGCAGCUGUCGGACGUGCUCUCGAGCAAACUGCAGGCGGAGCGCACCGCCCGCCAGCUGCAAGCUGACCUCGACGACAAGUCGCGGGCGGUGCAGGACUUGACGCAGCAAGUUCGCGAUCUCUCCAACAAAAUCAUCUUUGAGAAGAUCAAUGUCCUCCUCCUGCGCAUUGAGGACAAGGAUUCUCGCAUCGCUGCCCUUGAAAUGCAAGGCGCCGAUCGUCAUCGUGAUGAAAUCGAACGCUUAAGGCGCGAGCAGAAGGAGGAGUUGGCAGCGCUGAAGGAGCAGUACAAGAAACGCCAGGCGCUGGAUGCAUAUGAUGAAGCGAACGGGUCUUCGCAACAGCCUGUCGUCGACAGAGACACGCUCAUUGAAACACUCGAGAUCCGGCAGACGGAGGCGCGCCGGUUCCGGCGAUACAUUGACCAGCUGCUGGGCGAAGUGUUGCAGCAGGACAGCGGCGUGCAGACGUCCAUUAUGACGGGUCUUCCACGCCUCCAGCAAGAUGAGCCAGUUGACCCAGCCUCCUUCCCGGACCUGUCGACGGAGGAGUUGAAGGAGCAUGUGCACAAACAGGAGGAGGACAACAACUUGCUCGAGACUUACAUUAACGAGCUUCUAAAGCGCAUCGUGGAGCACCGCCCGUCCAUCUUGGAGGUGAUGGCGUUCACCACCAACGGCAUGGCCAUGUCAUAGACUGCAGGAACGAACACACCUUGUACAGCUGUCGUGUGUGUGUGUGUUUCAGUUGGAGCGUGACGUGAGGUUGUAUUGAUGCGUGUCAUCAGCGCUGAUGUGUGUCGGUUUCAAUGUCGUUGUUGUGUAUUUCCUUUCAACUGGCUGAGGAUAACUGUGUGGCGUGCACGCUGGCUGGCCAAGCUAUGCCUUGUGCAGUGGCCGCAAAAACCACAUCCCAGACCCAGGCGAGCACUUGUCAAUACAUUUCCAGUUAAUCAAUCAAGCAAGGAGGAACAAAAGACGCAUCAAGAGGGGC